CAGACCAUAACAGCUUACGUACUGUAACACGUUUUCAUAAUUCUGCGAAAUGUAAAAUCUUGGAAACUUAAAAGUGAAGAAUCUAGCAGGAUUUCGCCUGCCCUGAAGCGAAACCGCAGAACCUGAAAGAACCCUGAAACGAGGAACUUUCUUUAAUGGAAUGGGCCACAGAACACCUGCCACGAUUGCAGUAAACUUGGUGUUAAAUGCUCGAGUAGCGCAAAACAUUUCAACCUCAGUUUUGUUCCCUGUUGUUGAAUUUAUCAACCACUCGUCACAAUAUCGCGACAUCGAUAUCUGUUUUUAUUAAGCCCGUCCUUGUAUUGGCCAUAAGGAGCAAACUCCGCCCUUUCCAUCUAUUUCUGGAAAUAACGCAUCCUUGCCGCGGCCGGAUUUUCACAACCAUCUUAAAAAAAUUUCUGCGGCUAUCGUUAUUGUCUUUGCAUUUCCGCCUCUUGGAGCCAUUGUCUAGAUAUUAGCCUUAUAUUAUGCACGUUUUUGUAUUCGUUAAAAACACCAACAUUCGUAAACAACGAUUUGAGCACUGAAGGCGAUUUCAGUUUUCAUCCGAUUUCAGUUUAUCGUUCCGCGAGGAUUUUAAAUUCAACUUCGUUUCUAAGCUGGUGUAAUUCGCUAAGGAAGAGCGGACUUCAUCUAGAAUUUUCUAAAAGAUUUCGAUCAGCAUGUGUGUGCGACAUAAAGUACAGUUGUUCGUGAUUUUGUCUGUUUUUGUACAUCAAAGUGUUUGUGUAUGGCCUUGGCCAAAUUGGGGCGAUAAACCAAAACCCAUUGACGGAAACUGGAGUGCUUGGUCUGCGUGGAGUUCUUGCCAAAUCCCAUCGGAUGGCAAUUUGCUGCCAUUUCGACACAAAGAAAGAGAUUGCACUAACCCCAGACCGAAAAAUGACGGUGCCGAUUGCAUAGGCGAAGCGAAACGUACCUCGGGUUGCGACGAUUGUAGUAUUCCUCUUGGCAUGGAGAGUGGUCGAAUACACGAUUCGUUUGUGACGGCUUUGGACUCGCACGACGAUUUCCCUGCCUCUUCGGCCAGAUUGAACGGGAAAUCUGCUUGGUGUUCCGAUUAUCCUGAUAGCCUGUUGGAACCUUUGUACCUUCAAAUCGACCUGAAGAGAAUUACGACGAUAUCUGCCAUCGCAACACAGGGUUUCUACCCUCCAGUAGAAUUAAUGUCUCUUCGAAUGGGAAGAGUUAGCAAAUACCAGCUGAAGUACAGUAUGGACGGAGUUUCUUGGCAGCUUUAUAGAAACCGCGACAAUGCUACAAUUUUACCAGGGAAUAAGAAACGAAACGGGACUGUGCUUAAUGUGCUUACGCCGGAAAUUACCGCACGUUUUCUACGCGUGUACCCAUCAAGCUAUUUUUCCUUUGUUUGCAUGAGGCUAGAAGUGUAUGGCUGUUCGUUCGGUUGUGGCGGCGCAUUAGCGCAAGAACCCGGAAACAUCGUGACGGAGGGUAUCCCAACGGAAGAUCAAGAUUGUCUGUGGUCUGUGAUCUUACCAAACACUUCGAUAAUACAUUUUGAUUUCAUUAAUUUCAACAUUCCUUGUAGCAAUGGACUAGUGGAGUUCAGAGAUGGUGGAAUGCCUUACGGUAUAGCAUCAGUGUUGGUCGAGUAUUGUGGUUACGACGGCAGCCUUCCUCCCCCAGUCAGUUCCAACAGUGGUAAGUUAUGGACACGAUACAAGUCUAAUUCGUCAGAUCCCCAGGUUGGGUUCUAUGCAGUGUACUUCCCAGGUUGCGGCGAACAAUUACAAGGAAGUAGUGGUGAUGUCAAGUCACCUAAUUUUCCUAGAGAAUAUUUUCACAAUUCGAAGUGUAUCUGGACCAUUUCUGUACCUGAAGGAAAGUCUGUGAAAUUACUAUUUGUGGAUUUUAAAGUGGAGGGAGACCGAAAUCGGCAGAGAUGCCCCCAUGACCAUCUGACAAUAUGGAAUGGCACUGAUUUGAAUGCAACAAUCAUUGGAAAGUUCUGCAACAGCAAUCCACCCCCUCCAGUUAUCUGUAGCUCAGGGAAUACCCUUCGCCUGAGGUUCCGCAGUGAUGAUGCAAUAGCAUGGACAGGAUUUCACAUCAGAUAUCAAGCUGUUGAUCCUUCGGCACAUUGUUCCGAGAUGUCUUCAUCUGUCGUCAUGCCAACAUCAUCCCAGUUGCCAACUUUCCAUAUGGCGCUCACCCAUACACCACAAUUAACCACACAGCAUUGGUUGUUUCAUGCAAGUAGUUAUCUUGCGGAGAUAACACCAACGUUUAUAAGCUUAUCAACCUCAAUGGCAUUGAAUGGAACAUUUAGCUUUUCUGGAACUACAAUGAAUGGAGAAAUGCAAGCUGCAGCAAGAGGCAAACAAGAUGAUGAGGAUGAUAAUGAUGGCCUGUUGACUGUGGUUGUUCUUUCAGUGUUAUCAUUACUUGUCGUUUGCAUGAUCUUAGCAAGUAUGGUGCCCUGUGCAAGACGCCACAUCGAAAAGCGAAGGCGGGAGAAAGAAAUGAACAUGGUGUUUGCUGCUAGUUUAAGUAUUCCUGAAACAAACAGCAAAGAGACAUUUGAAGUUGCAGACAACAAUACAUUGCAAGUCCCAGAGAUUGUGAUGUGUGAAGGAUCCUCCUAUGAGGAAAUCCUUCCCCCAGCUGAUAUUGCAGAGAGUGUCCCUCUAUGUGAAACUCCUACAGUGGAAGAAACUAAUGAUAAAAUUGAUACAGUGGAAAGUAAGGUGUCCUCUAAAGUAGGAAGUGGCACAAAGCAGUUUGAAGAUGGACUGAAUGAUAUAGGAGAUGAACAAACUGAGUUUGAGGACAAGUCAAGUCUUGAUCUUGAUGGUGCUGAAACAGAGGUUGAUUGCUUAAAAAUGUCCUACGAAGAUCUAGGCAGUAGUUUUGCCUCUGAAAUGCAAGCUAUGUUGAGUCAUUUUGUCGAAAGUGAUGAUCAACCUGCUCGGAAUGCAAAACCUUCAGCAAAUCCAGAAAAUUCUCCCCAGGACUGUGAUCAUGAAACAGGGAUGACAAAUAGGAAUGGCAUGGAAGCUAAAGAUAUUGAUAACAGGUCAAACCCAUCAAGUGAUGAGGCACCCUCUUCAUCUUCCAUCUCCAAUCAAGAGGAAGAACGUCAAAGCUUGCUGAAUGGGGACAGUGCUGCUGAUGAAGAUGAAAUAUGGGAAAUGCAGCCUAUUGACGUUGACAGUCCCAGUCGGAGAAAAACAGUCAGCGAAGAUGGAAUUUCAGUAUCCUGCAAAGACAGCAAAGACUCUGGCUGUGCUUCAAGCAGUGAAAACUUGCAUUCUGUCGAUAGAUAUCUCAAUACUGGCGAUAUAGAGACUAGUGUUUAGGGUAAGUGCAGGUACCUAUCAAAAUUAUACAAUUUAUCUAUAUAAUACUAAAUGUGGGAAACAUUUAGGUGUCUUGAUAUGUUUUCUUAUUUAUCAAUCAGAGUACCAAGGGAAGAAAAAUUUUUUUUUGAGUUUACAUUGAUGCAAUGUUGCACUGAGCUGUUCAAGAUUACGUGCUUUCACUCCUUUUUACAAGAGAAAGUUCAACUCGCGAGCAUUAUAAGAAUUAAUAGACAAAACCAUUGAUGGGAGAAUAUUACUAUGAAAAGUCAAAGCAGAACCUCUAGAAGAAAGAUAUCUGGGUAAAUCCCAGCUAUUGUAAAGGUGCUCUGUAAAAUCAGAGUUGUAAUGAGGUCAUCCAAAGAAAGAGUUUAAUUAUUGUCAUUAUUGCAUAAUACCCUGUUGACUACAGCUUUGUCCAUGUUACAGCGUAUUCUCAGCACCACCAACAAUAGACUGCAGGUGCGUGGCGUGCUCUACGCAUAUAUGCACGUGCGUACUUGAAUUGACCAGAAAAAUUUCAAAACAUUGUUGUGUUUGCACCAAGUUUGCUCAAAAUAA